AUGCCUCCGCUCACCCGCCGGUUCACCGGCGCCUCGCUGAGGCCGACGCUUCGUUUUCGCGGGAACAUAGGCCGCGUGAAUCCUGCUGCGCCUGGACUCUGCAAUUCAUCUCACUCCAUCGUCUCAGUAUCGCCGUGUCUCCCGCAGAUGAGCUGCCGAUUUCGCUAUUCCCAAGCGAGGGGUCUCGCCACCAGCCGUCCCGUGAUGGACCAAGGGAAACCUCGGCGACCGCCGCUCGCCAGGUCCGUGUCUAGUGAGGAAGAGGUUGGCAAGUUAGUGAACGCGAGACAGGCCGCCGAUCCGGAGAACAUCCUGCUUGAAUUCGACAAGCUCCAUGAGCCAGUUACCAUGACAAAUGUGUGGCUGAGAGAUGCGUGUGAAUGCCAUCUGUGCGUCAAUGAGUCGUCGGGCCAGAAGAAUUUCGCAACUUGCGACAUACCAUCCGAUCUCAAGAUUGACGGCCUGAGGACCCUUGAGGACGGGAAGAGUCUCGAAGUGUCCUGGGCCAACGAUCUCGUGCACGGCAGUCAUCAGCACGUGUCAACAUACCCGCUCGACCUACUUCAAAAGGUUGUAAGGUAUUCGCCGGUAUUCCAUCGCCACAUACCAGCGCGUGAGAUCUGGGAUUCGCAGCAUUUCGAGCAGGAUAGUCGGUCAAGAGAAAUUAGCUAUGCCUCUUGGAUGGAAGACAGCUCGAGUUUUGCCGAGGCGUUCCGCAAUUUGCAUCUCUGGGGGCUCGUCAUCAUCAAGGGCGUGCCUCAGACAGAGCUUGCCGUCGAACAGGUGGCAUCACGACUGGGUCACUUACAAAGUACUUUUUAUGGGCCGACAUGGGACGUGAUCUCAAAACCACGAGCCGAAAAUGUUGCAUAUACCAACGAAUUUCUUUGCCUCCACCAGGACCUUAUGUAUAUGCAGAGCCCUCCAAGGAUACAGAUCCUACACUGCCUCGAGAACAGCUGCGAAGGAGGCGAGUCCCUCUUCUCAGAUGGAAUUAGAGCUGCUUACGAGCUGCAGCUAAAGCACCCGGACCAUUAUGAUGUGCUCUCAAAGAUCCCCACCAACUUCCACUACAGGAAAGGGGGCCAUUACUACGAGAAUAACUGGAGAACAAUUACACACAGUCCAGGCAGCAAAUUUUGGGCCACAAGAUGUCCCGAAAAAGUGUACUGGUCACCUCCCUUCCAGGCCCCGUUCUGGAGUAGGCUUAGAGAAAGCCCCAAACACCCGCAGCGAUGGGGUGAUCGAACCGAUGGCCAUGCGAAGAAAUGGCACGACGCAGCCAAGGUGUUUCAAAACAGCAUCGAGGACUCUGCAAACAUGGCCCAGUUCAGGCUGCAGCCCGGGGACUGUGUUGUCUUCGACAAUUUGCGCGUUCUGCAUGGACGGCGUGGGUUCAACACAGCAUCCGGCAGGCGCCAUUUGAGGGGGACGUACAUUGAAGACCAAACCUUUGACAGCACGUGGAUGCGACUGCAACAGGAAGGCUUUAUGUUCUCAAGUGGAGCCAAGAAGCUUGAGGAGGAAAGGAGAGCCCGCCGUGUUUUGGGCAUCAAGGAUGAUGAAGGCACCGGCAACUAG